GCUUGGCUAACAGUAUUGACUGUUUCAGUACUCUCGUCCGUGUUUUGAAAAGGUUUAGGGUGGUGGGUGUGGCUAUGAACUAUGGGCGGCUCUUGACCCGCUGCUGUGUGCCCCGUUGUGUUUUAUGCUUACGUUCGUCACCGCCAUCUUGUUGCAACUCCUCUGCGCGAGUGGGAAGAGUUGUGCGAGGGGGAUCCAGCCACGACUGUUUUCUUUUUUUUUAUGUUUCUGGCGCGUCCGGUGGAUCCCACUGGGAAGUCUAAAGUGCCCUUUAUCAUAUAUUUUCUUUAUCAUCUGGAGUAAAACAGUUACGCGCCAGACAUGAGCAUCGAGACACUGUUAGAAGCAGCCAAGUUCUUGGAAUUGCAAGCCCAGCAACAACAGAAAACACGUGAGGAGAAUGAAUUAAGAGAGCGACUCCGUCAGGAGCAGGAAGCAGAGCAGAGGAAGAGGACCGAAGCGGCGGCAGCGGUGGUCCAGGCUGUGCGGCUCAACCACCACCAGCACCAUGUCACCUGGGUGGAGGAGCCCAGCGGCCUGGAGCGCCGACUGGCCCCCAUCCCGCCACAGCCUCCCCCUCCCUCACUGCCCAUCGCCGUCAUCCCCUUCUCUGUGGUGCCUUCCACCCCCACCGCCUUCCCCCCGGCCGCCAACACAGCACACAGCCCCCCCAGCGUGCACCACCACCUCCACCAGGGCUCCCCCAGGAAAGAUGUGCGCUCCCCCACCAGCCAGCAUGCCCACCCUCAGCACGUCCUCAUCUCCCCUGAGCCAGAGCCCACCUCCAUGGCCAAGCCACCGGCAGCCACCAAACAGCAGCAGCAGCAGCAGCAGCAGCAGCAGCAGCAGCAGCCACACUUGGUGCAGCCCUACCCUGGAACCAUCGUCGCGGCGUCCCAGCUUGUAUUGCCUCCUCAGCCGGGGACCCCACAGGCACAGCUCAGCCUAGUCCCUAGAUCGAGCCCGCCAGACGACAACCGCUUCAUGGACGGGAAGAAGAGGCCAGGAGGGGCAGGGACCAGAGAGGUGCAUAACAAGCUUGAGAAAAACAGACGGGCCCACCUGAAGGAGUGCUUCGACACCCUGAAGAAGAACAUUCCCAACGUGGAUGAAAAGAAGGCGUCCAACCUCAGCGUGCUUCGCAGUGCCCUGAGGUACAUCCAGACACUGAAGCGUAAGGAGAAGGAGUUUGAGCACGAGAUGGAGCGUCUGGCACGGGAGAAGAUCGCCACGCAGCAGCGGCUGGCCGAGCUGAAGAACGAGCUGAGCCAGUGGAUGGACGUGCUGGAGAUCGACCGCCUGCUCCGCCAGACGGUGCAGCCCGAGGACGACCAGGCCUCCACCUCCACAGCCUCAGAGGGUGAAGACAACAUCGAUGAGGACAUUGAGGAGAACAGUUCAUCUGGUACCCCCCCUAAAGUGCCUCAAGCCCCUCAGCCUGAGCCCAGGAAACCCUUGGCAGUCCCCACCACAGCUGCCCUGCUCAACAACAACAACCACCAUCACCACCACCACCACCACCACCACCAACCCACCACCACCCAGCACAAGCUCUCCCCCCAGCUGGCCCUCUCCGCCGCACAGACGGCCCCAGUGCAGACUCCCACACUAGCCUCAGCUCCGGGCCCCACCACCAUCCGCAGCCCCAUGGCAGCCUUCAGCCCAGUCACCAGCUCCCCCCUCCAGCUGAUGGCCCCCCAGGCGCUGCUCACGGCACACGCGCACAUCGUGACCGCGACUAGCAGCAGCGGCAGCAUCAACAACGGCGUGGCCAGUAUGGUGCAGCCCACCGUCAUCGCCCACGCCGCCCCCGUGUCCCACGCCUCCGUCAUCCACGCCACGGUCAACCACAUCUUCCAGCCAGCUGGCAAGCAGCAGCAGCAGCUGUCACCACAGCAGUCCGCCCAGCACGUCCACCACCCCCCUCGCGCCACGCUGGCCCACCUGGCCCCCGUCACCGCGCCUCAGCCCAUCGGCCACAUCACCGUGCACCCAGUGGCCCACCUGAGCCAGCACCACCUGUCCACCAUCUACCCACAAUCCAUGGCCACCGUCACCCAGCCGACCAUGGUCAGCCAUAUCGCCCACACGCUCUCCCACGCCCAGAUCAACGGCACCUCGCCCGCGCAGAUGGGCAAACCGCCGACAGCGACGGCCAUGGGGGCCCAGGUGGUCGCCCACCACCCGCAGCUGGUGGGGCAGACUGUGCUUAACCCCGUCACCAUGGUGACCAUGCCCUCCUUCCCUGUCAGUACACUGAAGCUGGCCUGAGGUGGACGACGACAACGAAGAUGAUGGGACACAGAUCUGAGAUCUGUGAUGAGGGGGUGGGGACGGCAGAGGCCCAUGGUGCAGGGAACCCCCACUGCUGAUCCCAUGUGGGUGGCAGAGCGGACUGACUUGGGUUUGGUCUAGGUUUUGCCGCUGUAAAGAACACUCAGUACAUUCCAAAUAAAUACACACACAUACACAAAAUACAGAACUCUAUAAAGAACUAUAAUAAAGACUUUAUUAAUUAAAAUACUGAAAAAAGGCAUUUAUAAAUAUCUAUAGCUAUAUAUUGACUUGAUAAAAACAAAAAAAUGUGUUUGUGUGUGUGGGGGUAGAGCAAAGGGUAUGUUGUCUCGAGUGAUUGUUUUCUACUUGCUGUGCGUAUUAGCUUGUGAAAUCUUGGGUCAUGAAUUCCCACCAAAUUCCAGAGAUACAGAGUGGCACUGAGGUGCAGUGCGUCGGUGGGUGUGGGCACGCCUGUGUGGGUUUCAUUGCCUUGACAUGUACCAGUGCACAUGAAGUACCAAGCGCUGAGAGACCAGGCCACAUGCUUCGGAUACAGUCGGAGUGCUGUAAAACCUCACAGAUACUAUAUGCCUCACUUGGUCGACCCGACGUUGUUGGUGUUACUGCACCGUAAUUACUGUGGAUCGAGGUCCACAGGUUUAUAGUUCGUCGUGUCACUGUCGGGCGCAGACCCGGUUGUAUCACAUUCAGGCGCUAUGGCUGAAAAGAAGCCCCUUGAGGACAUUCAGAUUUCUAUCUGAAUUCUCGAGAAUCACCUUCGACGAGGAUAUAUGGUCCUGUCUCACCAUUCCCGGGCAUACGUGGGUAGUAGUUCAUCUGGGGAUUCCUGGUUGGAGCAGAGCCGUGUUCGUUGCCUUUCAGUGCCUCUGGUGCUCCAGUGUUAUAUGUUGCACUUCCGCCCUCUGCUGUCCAGCCUGGGCUACUGCACCAAAUCCCUACUGUGACAAAUGACAUUUAUAAGUACUAGUUCCCAAAGCACAUAUUUGGGGCAGGAUCAUGGCAUUGAAAAAGAGCAUCCGAAAGUAUAUCAUGGCGCAAAGUAGUGUUGGUCCCAGAUGGACAUUGUGAAUGUAUAUAAACGCGAUUCAUUACUGCAUUGCAUCGUAUGCCUUUGUCUUUGAAGAAAUGAUAGGAAUGAUUUGGUGUGAGUGGAGAAAAACACUGGCAAUCAGAUUUUGGAAAGCCUAAAAAAUAUAUAUAUAUAAUGUCCCUCACACUUGGUGAAUGUGUUAAGCUAGUAGGCUUAUUGUGGUGUGGGCACUGUGGUUGACCUGCAUGUGUUUGCUCAUGUGCAGUCGUAGCGAGUAGUAGCGUGUGUGUGAGCUCUCCAGGAGCUGGCGACAGACAGUGCACCAGCAGAGCCCCUGAGCUUGUGUAUGUGUGGAUGUGACCGACCCCUCAUUCACCCAGGUAAGUGUACGCAGUGCCCGGGUACACCAUUACCCGAGGGGUGAGACUGCCCAUCCGCUCAUGUAUGUAAACGUCAAGUAGUCACAACUGUAUUUGUGACAGACCACCUCAUGGCAUCUUCAAAAUGCAGGGAAGUCACGUGUGCGUGUUGGAACUGUGACGUUACUGCACGAGAGGGUCUUGACCUCACACUCCACUCCCAUGCGGUGUGUUUGAGCCUAUAUGGCGACGGAUGAAUCAAUGAAUGUCUGGCUGGAUGGCGUUGGCUUACUUUGGUGAAUGACUGAAUGAAUGGCGCUACCAGAAACCCGCAUUAGUAUUCCAUUCCAUUCGGGCGUAGUGGCACGCCGAGCUCAUGGCGCGGUCCGGAGGCGGGAGCUGCGCUUGCAUAACAUUCACACCUCCAACACUGUGAUUUGCUGCUCAUCCGCCCCAUGACCAGCAAAAACUGGUUUACAGCUGCACCAUUUCAACUGCCAGACAAGUUCCCUUAGUUUAUGCUUGUGUUCGUGUGAGUGUAAGAAACCGUAAGAAUAUUUUAAGAUAUCUUUUUUGGCUACGUUGUCUUUUUUUCUAUGUAUGCACAUCUUGGCAUAUGAAAGCAUUCACCUUCAAAUUUAUGUAUUUUAACAUUUUGACUUGCCUGGUUUAGCAUGUAGUUCUGUUGUAAGGUUUUUUUUUCUGGGACCAUGUACAGUACUGUAUACAAUGGGGCAACUUCUCAGACCUCUUCCCACAUUGAUAUUAUAUAUACAUGAUGUGUGUUUUCCCUAUGGAGAAAGUUAAAGUUGUAUAUAGCCUGUAAACUUGGGGCUGCAUUUAGAUCUAACUGUCCAUUAUGUUUAAGAGAACUGUAUGAGGAAAAACGCAAAAAUGAAUACAAGAGAACAAAAUAUGAAGAUACUUAAUAAAUCUUGUUACGUUUAA